AUGAGUCAAACAUUUGAUAAAAUGAACGAAACAAUACUGAUACCUAGUGAAGAUAAAGGCCCAGAGGCUCCAAUAUCGAACUUUGAAUUAAUAUCCACCGGAGUGGGCAUUACAACUUUGAGUGUUUUAGGAACAGUUGGUAACAUGAUAUCUCUACUUGUGUUAUCUCGACCACAAAUGCAUUCAUCAAUCAACUGUAGCCUGCAAGGCCUAGCCAUUUUUGAUACAGGUGUACUGGUAUGUGCUUUGGUUAUGUUAGGCCUAACAACGUUAGGUAAAGUAGUGCAUUGGUUGCGUUUUUAUACUUGGGUCGUUUUUCCCUUUAUCGUGCCUGUGAUCUACCCAAUAGCGUUGAUUGCUCAGACCGGAUCAGUGUGGAUGACGGUCAUUGUAACCGUUGAAAGAUACGUUGCAGUUUGUCAUCCGCUUCAAGCUAGGUCGAUUUUUACAUAUAAGCGUUCGAGGUUUUACAUUAUUAUCGUGACUACGUUUGCAGUGUGUUACAAUAUUCCUCGCUUUUGGGAAAUUCAGAGAAGAGAGAUAUUGGAUCCUGUUACAAAUUCAACAGUAUAUAACAUUCAACCGUCGACUUUUCGAGAAAACAAACUCUACUUUGAAAUUUAUUACAUUUGGAUGUAUUUGCUGAUGAUGUAUUUUAUUCCACUUUUUACUUUGGUCAUUCUGAACACCUUCAUUUGGCGUACAGUGAAGCAAGCAAAUAGGUAUCGCCAGAAACUUAGCCUUAGGCAGCAGAAAGAGAUCAGCUUGGCCACCAUGUUGCUUUGUGUUGUAGUUGUAUUUCUUAUCUGCAACGUUACAGCGUUUAUAGUGAACAUUUUGGAAUAUUUUGACGUUUAUUGGGGCUCUUUGGCUAAUUUGUCUAAUCUCUUAGUGACGCUCAAUUCUUCUGUUAACUUCAUCAUAUACUGUAUCUAUGGCCAUAAAUUUAAGCAAACACUAUUUUUGAUAUUCUGCAAACAAAAACUACAGCGAACCCAAACUUUCACGUCCGGUACAGAUCGCAGUGUUUGGAUAAGAUUUCAGUCCACCAGACGUCGCCAAUCGCAUCUUCAUGACACUAAUAUAGGGAGAAUAGAAGAAACUGUAGGGUUGUAA